GACAAAUGGCAGAAGGAGAGGCAGACAGCAGGGAACCCGACUCGGAGGUCAGCAAAUACUCGGGGACAUAACCCCGCCCCAGACAAAUGGCAGAAAAUGACGGCCACAUCCAGGAAGCUAAAGAACAAAGCAAUGCACCUGAGAAAGAGGAGAACCCUUCUGACCAAGCCACAGAAGUUCAUGAAGUGUCAGAAGAGGGUCCUCCUGUAGAGCCAGCAGUUGGAACAUCCGAUACAAGACCUAUAAAAUAUGAUAAUGCUGAGUCACCUUCAGAAAGUUCCGAAUUUUUUAAUUAUGAUACGGGAGAAUCAUCUGCAUCUGCAGCUACUCUGUUUGAUGAAGAGACAGCAAAUAAAACAUCACACGAGACUGUGUCACUGGAAGUUGCUGGUAGUCCAACAGAAGAUUCUGAAACUGUAGGCCAUGAUAUAGGGGGAGGUCCAACUGAUGAAGUCACAACAGAUGAAACAGUGGGAGUAAAGGAUGUUACAAUACAAGAGGCAGUGCCACCAGAUCAUGUUGAUAUAACCAAACCAGACAUGCCAAGAGAAGGACUUAUUAUAAUUGACUGUAGCAAAACUGGUGUGGGAGAAGGCACUAAAAGUUUGGACAGCCCUUUACUGGUUCUCUGUGAUCAAUCAAAGGAGAAGCCAGAAGAUAUGACAGUGGACGAAGACAUUAUAAUUUUGGACUGUACUAAAUAUACAACAACAGAAAGCCCUGUACCAGUUAUCUCAAAAGAGAAGCCAGAAGAAGAACAGGUAACUGAACCUUCAAUGACUUGCGAAGAAUUGAGAGAGAAACUAGAAGCACAGAUAGCUGCUAUUGAGGCAGUACAUGGUAGAAGUGAAGUAGAAAAGCCCAAGAAAGCAGUUUCCAAAGGAACAGAUACUGCUGAGUGCUUGGUUUAUCGAACUCCACCAACUGCUGCUGACAGAGACUUAAAAAAAAGAUCAGUACUGCAGUCAUAUCCUCCACUACCAAAGACCCCAUCACCAGACAUUGCAAGUAGUACAGCCACAGUUAAAGUUGCCCUACUUCCUACUGGUGAUGUUAUGACCGUGGCACUUCCCAUCUGCCUUACAGUAGGAAAGCUAAAAGCGCGAUUUGGAAAAGAAUUGAAAGUACCGGCAUGUAUACUGCAAAUGACAUGUGACGGCAGAAUGGCUAAGGAUUCUGAAACACUUGUAGAUUUAGGAGUUAGACCACAUGGCUCUAUCCAGCUUGAACUGGCAUCCAGUGAACCUGAAAAAUACCCAAUCAAACUCAUAAGGCCACAGCAGGAAUCUGCCACAUCUGAUGUGAUAACUGUCACAGUUCAAAAAGAUGACGAGACCUGUUGCUCUGUGGUGGUAGAAAUUGAAAGACUUCCCUAUCACAAGCCUUUUCUGGGUGGCUACAAACACAGACCUACAGGAAAAGAAUUCCAUCAUGCAGGAACACAGACUCCACUCAAAAGGAGAACAAACUGUUGUGUGGAGAAGUUCUGCAGGGAGACACAGACAGUUUCUGACAAGAAUCAGUAUCAACAAACAGCAAAUGACACCUCCACACAGAUGACCAAAAUUGGCUGUUACGUGUCCAAUAUCACAGAUAAGUUGAUUACUCCAGGAAAGUAUUUCACUGCUGCAGAAUACUAUGCUUGUAGGCUGAAAGCGGUAAUUGUGCUGCAGACCUAUUUUAGACGCUGGGCUGCCAAGAAUUAUGUUCAGCAACUGAGGAUGCAAAAGAGUAGGAGGGUGCAAUGGGAACUGGAGCAAGAAUUGAAAGUUAAAAUGGAAAAGCAAAAUUACAUAAAGAAGCAGUACGAAAGAAGGAUGAACCCUAAGACAAAAGAAGAUUUUGAUCUACUUUUUCAUGCAUUGGAAGUCUGGAAGCAGGAGGAGCUGAGUAACAUAAACCGCACCCUUACUGGACCAGAGAGAAAAGCAGCUCUUUACACGCUUCUGGAACAAGAAGCACAGCUCAUUGCGUCAAUUUCUCGCCAUAAAGUUGAUGCUGCUAAGGAAACUGGACCAAAACUAAUUCAGAACCUUCUGAAUAAGUGUGCAGACCCCAUAAGGUGGAAAGCAUAUGAUGGGAGAGUCACUGAAAUGGACACACCGUUCACUAUCCGGGCCAGAGAGCUACGUGAUAUUUACAACAGUAUUAACAUGAAAUACCUGACCCAGGAUGAGAGGCUGGAUGCUCUUUUAACACUAAAACACACAGUCAAGGAACAUGACUGUAAGUUAACACAAGAAAUUGUGGAAUUGAUUGACAGAGAGGCAGACCUUCUCAUGAGACAAGUAAAGGAAUCUUACCUGGAAGGACUCAGGCAGAGAAUAUCAACACUCUUUCUUCAGUAUAUCAAAACACCAACAUUUAACCCAGAAGUUGCCAGAUUCCUUAAGGUUCCACAGGAUCCAAUGCAAUUGCGCAAAAAUGUUUACUUCUGUUUAAGCUGUGGAAGCUAUUUACCAUCCACAGAGUUCCCCUUGUCGCUAACUUCACAGACUCUUCGAAUGUGUCGACAAUGCUUUAAGCUGAAUAAUGAAGCUCGUCGCCGUGAAGAAGUGACCAUGUACAAACUGAUGCUUAAGCGGCUGAGAAAAACUGAGGCAAAUUUUGAAGAUGGAUCACAGCUGGCAUUCUUAUUACAGGAACAAGAUAUGAAACAUCUUGUUGAUAGUAUUUGGGGUACACAGUCUGCACUGAGUGCUUCGAACAGUCUGAAAGAUCUAACAAUGAUAAGGUGGGAUAAAAGGUUUGAGUGGUCACCAUGGAACUGUAUUCUCCUGACAGAAGAGGAAGCUGUGGCACAUCUUAAAAUCAGUAAUAUUGAAAAGGACUAUGAAGCCACAUUUAUUCGCAAGAUCAAGCACCGACACACUUUGGGAAAGACCUAUUUUUCCCGGAUUCCUGAAAUAGUGAAUUAUGCGCACACUUGCUUGAUGCAAGACUUGACUUCCAAGAACAACCUCAGAAUUACAAAUUCAUUUAGUUCUAAACAGAAGUCAUAGUGUUAGACAACAAUGUUUCGAUGUUUGAUUUCAAUUAAAGAUUGCAAAUUUGUUAACUUAAAUGUUGUAAUGCUAUUCCAUUAUCAUAGAUUAUAAGUAUUAACAAAACUUUCUAAUUGAUAUCUACAUAGUUUAUAGUCGACUAUUUUAUUUCAAGCUCAUGGACUGAAAGACAAAUGAAUUGAAGUGUAACUAGAAUCAAAUUUGAAAUCCUUUUUGUAUUAAGUUUUAUUCAACGUAACGUAGUGGUAUUCAUUCCCACUAUUUUCUCAAUACAAGUUAUUUCCACAGACACUGGAACUGCACAAAGUAUCGGGGUGGUGUUCUCACAGGUAAAACAACAAAGCUUUCAGUCAUUUUGGUAUCCACUGGAAAUAGUGUGGGCUACCCAACUUGUAAUGCAGAUGUCUUCAAAUUAGUGAAAAACACUACAUUUCUGCUCAGUAUAAAAAAGUAUAAGGUACAUUUAUUGACAAAUAAAAUU